AUGUCGGCCCAGCCAGGGGACUCUGUGCAGGUCAGGUGCUUCAUGUCCUCCUGGCACCUGGCCACUCGCAUCGUCUUCUGCAAGGACGGCGAGGAGGUUUCAUUCCAGACGGGCUCAAAGAAGGCCACCUAUGACUACAUCCAUUCAGUGUCCAGCAACAGCUCUGGGAAUUACUCCUGCGGGUACGAGAUCAAGGACAGCAACAGUCGGGUGAAUGGAUCCCAGCUCAGCACUGUCAAGCGCCUCAGUGUCACUAGUAGUGACUCCAGCAGUGGUGGUACCAGGAUUUCCUCAUCCCCAGGUAAUGAUUCCAGCAGUGGUGGUACCAGGAUUUCCUCAUCCCCAGGGCUGGAUCUAAAGCUCCUGUUGGGAAUUACAGUCCCUGCCGUGCUGGUCCUGGCUGUGGUGCUUUAUCUGCUGGGAAGAAAAGCUGGGUCUCUGUGGAGGGAGCACAGGGAACACGUCCAGCGUGACACCAGCAGCGCCGCACAGGAGCAUGAGUGUAAGAGCUUUUGGAUUCUUUUGGAGCUCCUGGGAUCACCUGCACAAGAGGGAGAAAUGUGGGGACUGAGGAUACCUCGAAGAAUCGGCCUGGAAAAGCCAGGUGUCUGUGGCCCCUGACAGAAGAGAAUCCGACAUAUGUGAACGUCACUUUGCAGCGAAGCAGAUAUCAUUAGCGCUCCUAUUGCUAACAUACAGGGCUGGCCAGUGCACAGCAGCAUCACAGAGCCCCCCCCCCCCCCCCCAAAUCAGAGGCUGUGCAGCAAGGAGGUGGGGGACUUUGUCUGGGGCCACAGCUGGACAAUGUGCAGCACCCGGCGUGGUGCAGGAAACAA